AAGGCCCAGAGGAACGGACUUGCUGUUGAAUUUCAGGAAGAGGCCAAAGUGGAGGACGGUCAAGAACUACCAGAAGUGAAGACUGACAAGGCAAAGAAGAAUAAGAAAAAGGCAAAGCCUCCAGCAAAAGAGAAAAAAUCCUCUACAUCUGUUGAUGGCAAAGAACCAGAUGAAGGUACCUGGGAGACCAAGGUCAGUAACCGUGAGAAACGACAGCAGCGGCGGAAGGACAAGACUCCAGGUGAUGAGUCAGGCAGCCCAGUAGCAACCGCAGCUUCGAGUGCCAUUAGUACCAUGGAGGAAGUCCAGACCACCCCAGAAGAACCAGAAACCACCAUCACCACCACUGUUUCUACACCUCCAGUCCAAAGAGAAGUGGAGGUCGACCCACCUGAAAUUGAAGCAAGUUUUGUACGAGACACUGUUGUUCCAAAAGUGAUGCCGUGUUGGCAGGAAGUGCUGGCUGUUAACAGUUCUGGCUGGAGCGAUCAGGGCCUGCAGCUUCCUCCUCAGAUGGCCAGUGUUCAGGCAGAGCGCUGGACCAGCAUGACUGUCCCUACUGAGCGUCAGACUAGUGAGCCCUCUGUCUGGCCCCAAGAUAUGGAAGGUACUGAAAAAACGUUUCAAUAA